AUGGGGAGCAAGAAGAAGGAAAUUGCCCUGCAGGUCAACAUCAGUACCCAGGAACUUUGGGAGGAAAUGCUCAGUUCCAAAGGACUAACUGUCGUCGACGUCUACCAAGGCUGGUGCGGCCCCUGCAAGCCCGUGGUGAGCCUCUUCCAGAAGAUGAGGAUCGAGGUCGGCCUGGACCUUCUGCAUUUUGCAUUAGCAGAGGCAGACUGUCUUGAUGUCCUCGAAAAAUACAGAGGGAGGUGCGAGCCGACCUUUCUGUUUUAUGCAGGAGGGGAGCUGGUGGCAUUGGUUAGAGGAGCAAACGCCCCGCUGCUUGAGAAAACCAUCCAAGAGCAGCUGCAGGCUGAAAAGAGGGUGCUGGCCGAAGGCAGAGAACGGAGAGUGAUUAAAGAUGAGGCGCUUUCUGACGAAGAUGAAUGCUUUUCCCACGAAAAGGAAGAUGGUGACGAUGAGGAAGCAGUGUCAUCAGAGAAGGCCUGCACCUUGGCAGUCAUUAAACCAGAUGCGGUGGUCCAUGGGAAGACGGAUGAGAUUAUCAUGAAGAUCCAGGAAGCUGGGUUUGACAUUUUAACAAAUGAAGAGAGAACCAUGACAGAAGCAGAAAUGCGACUUUUCUACCAACACAGAGCUGGAGAGGAGGCAUUUGAGAAGCUGGUACGUCACAUGUGCAGUGGACCGAGCCACCUCCUGAUCCUCACCAGGACUGAGGGCACCGAGGAUGUGGUCACCGCCUGGCAAACCCUCAUGGGACCCUGUGACCCCGAUGUGGCAAGGAGGGAGCAGCCUGACAGUCUCCGGGCUCAGUAUGGCACAGAAAUGCCCUUUAAUGCGGUCCAUGGAAGCCGGGACUCGGAAGAUGCCCGCCGGGAACUGGCACUGCUCUUCCCCAGUUUUAAGUUUUCAGACCAGGUUCCGGAAGCCCCUCUGGGCCUCGAGGCCGAAGGAGAGGGCCCCGGUGAGGCGCUGUGCUCCCCCGAGGACGUGGACGAGGCGGCCCGCGACCAGGGUGAGGCCGUGAGAUGAAGCGUCAGUGCACCCAUAUCUGCUGCACGUUAAGGAAACCUCCAGAGCCGAAACUUCCUCUUUUGAGCACCAAUACUUUUUUGGUUUAGUUAUCGUUCAUGAAUAAAAAUAAUAGUAUCCA